GAUGGCGUUGUGAUUUUUUUGGCCGGGUAGGUUAUAGGGAACAUCCUGUAUAUUUUUGUGGUAAAGUUGGUUGCAUACAAAAGGCUUCGUGGAGGAUUUAAAUUCCGCACUUUCUGCUCUUAAAAUCGUGUGUUGAUUGGUAAAUUUUUGACGUUUGCAACGAGAAACAAUGAAAACAGUAAUUCUGUUUCUGUCAGCAGUUGUGUUUACCGUGUUUGCCGUUGUACGUCGAGGUUAAUGUCAAAACAAAAUAAAACCCGUUGCAAAUUUCGCGUGUUUUUCGAAAAAACUGUUUUUCUUCAUCGUCAGUUCGUAAAAUGUCUCGUAUUAAAAUGAUCUUGUGUCUUACAGGUUAACAGUGUUGUGUAUUUAAAAAAAAAAAUCAAAAUUUCUGUAGGGUACAAACAGCGGAACAGUAUGUUUAAUUUCAUCAAAAAGGCGGGUACUGGGUCAAUGUUAGAUAAAGAGGACAAAGAUAGGCGUAAAAGGGAUAAAAAAGAGCGCAAGGAGAAGCAAAAGAAAGACAGAUCUAGCAUGUCUGCAGACGAAAUGCUAAGACUCGACGAGGUAAGGAGGUCCCUUAAAAUAAGAGGCCGUCGAAAAGACAAAGACAAACUACCGUUGGGCAUCACUGCCGAUUACACGGCAGAUUUUCUGGCGUGUUUAGAAAGGGACGAUUCUUACGGUCCGGCCACAACGCCAUCCGUUCACGGCGGUGCCUAUACCUUCUCGGAUAGUUCGGAAACGAGCCUAAACUCGCUAAAUAAUCCUAACACAAGCUACCACCACCACCAACAACAGCAACAGCAUCGUAAAGUUUUACCCCCGGUACCACCGAAGCCUCCAAAACGGGGUAUCUUGAAGGGACCUCGUGUUAGCGUGACCCACGACUCUUCCUCCACAAACGGCACUAACGUUGUUAACCAACACAGUACAUUGGUAAAAAACACGUUACAAAAUGAAGUAAUAAGCUACGAAAAUAUAACAAAUGGAGUUGAGACAUACAACGGUAGUAGUAGUAGUAGAUAUUUGUGCCGAAACAACGACACAACGAUUUCAGCCACUGCCCCUACCCCUACCCCUAUGACAAACCUUUUGACGGUGGUGUCCACGUCGCCCAGCGCCGAUUCCUUGACAGACACUACCAAUUCCUCUUUCGCUACACCUCCAUUUUCACUAAGUCCUAUAGGCGAAAGUCAGGGUUUCCACAGGUGGACUCGUAGUGGUAACCUGGAGGACGUCAAUCUUCCGCUGCCUCCCAUUGUACCGUUAAAGUUACCAAAUCCGCGUGUCCUUACGAUACAGCGCCAAAAAGCUCCACGAAACGAUUUCGGUUUUUCAUUAAGACGUGCGAUGAUCUUGGAACGAAACGUUGUCGGUAAUAGUUGUAGUGGUGAAGUGAUAAUGCGUGCGGUCGUGUUUGCCGAACCUGGCACCAUAGUGCAGCACAACAACGAGACCGGUCUUUUGCCGGGCGAUAAACUUCUUGAAGUUAACGGGAUCCAUGUCGAAGACAAAAGUCGCGAGGAAAUUAUCGACAUGAUCAAAAGAUCCAAGGAUUUCGUCACAGUCAAGGUUCAGCCGGUGGCUGAGCUGAGUGAACUGAGUCGCCGGUCAGGUCACGAUGGUCAAGAGUUUGUACUGGACGAAGUAAACAUAAAAGGUGGAACUCUCAGGCGUUCCGGAAGCCAAAGAUUUAAUAAGUUGUCUAAGGUAUGCCACGCCAUGUGUAUAAUAAAUAUAUGCCACAUCUAUUUUUUAUGUAAUAUUGUUUAUAAUUACCAUUAGGUACACAUCUACUUCAUACUUUCAUCGUUAUUAUUUGGUAACCUCUUCUUGAUCCAAUAACUGUUUCUUUCUUUGUCGCAUUUUUACGUAAUACUUUGGCACAGUUCCUUCGCCUUCUCGAACAUAUUUAAUAUGUACCAUCGUGUUUGAUGUUGACCUGUUUAAAUGGCAGGGAAAAAAUGAGCGGAAAUGUAGUACAACAUGAUGUUUUGUUUACUGGCGUAGUUCGUAACAGUUCGUUUUCAAGCCAACACAUUGUUG